AUGACUUCAAUGGAUCAAGAAAAAGGUCGCACGGCGGGAGUUUCACGCUUCUUGAAGGAAGAAGUCGUCUCACGAAAUGCUGACUUGCUGUUGUUCACCUGCUGCUUGACCUCUGGUCUGGUGGACAGUACAAUUUACAAUGCCUACGCUACCUUCGUCUCGAUGCAAACCGGAAACACCAUCUUCCUCGCACUAGGUACAUCCAACCAGAAUACACGCCCAUACGGUUGGGCUCGUUCACUGACAUCCAUCGGAUGCUUUGUACUGGGUGCAUUUUUCUUUGCUCGGCUCAACCAGUGGAUCGGAGCACACAGACGAGGAUGCUUGAUGCUAUCCUUCUUCAUACAGGCCAGCCUAAUUCUGAUAACUGCUGCCCUGGUACAAGCUGGCGUGGUUUCUAGCGCCAUGGAAUCAGGUCUGGUGCAAACUGCAACACAAUGGGACUCAGAGGUGCCGAUUGUUCUCCUUAGCUUUCAGUCUGCGGGCCAAAUCGUCGCGAGUCGAGCUCUGGGAUACAAUGAAAUUCCCACGGUAGUGAUCACUAGCCUUUUGUGUGACCUGAUGUCGGACCCGAAGUUGUUCAUACUGCGGAAUGAAAAGCGGGAUCGGCGCCUCGCGGCUUUCAUCUUUACUUUAAUUGGAGCCAUCGUGGGAGGUUGGGUUACUAAAGCGACGCAGCAAAUUUCGCCCGUGCUUUGGUUGGCAGCAGGGAUUAAGUUCUCAGUGGUAUUGUCCUGGGGCUUUUGGAAGAGUAAAUCAUAG